ACUCAGCCCAUUCCGCAGAAACUGGGGAAGUAGAGAGGGUUAUGGAGAGAGGGACAUAGGGGAUUGUAGAGUGGGAACAGAGAAAGUGGGGGAAAGAGGGACGGGAUAGAUAGUUUAACACAAGGGGAUAGAUAAACACUGGGGAAAAAGCAAAAUAAGAAGUUAUAUAUAUUUAUAUAUAGAGAGAAAGAGAGCAUCCUUAGAUACCACUUAUACAAAAUGACACUGAAAUCUGAACGUUCGGAGACGGUUUUUUGUGAUACAUCCAGUGUGAGGACUGCACUGUCAGACUUGUACCUUGAGACACUGCUGCAAAACAGGAGCCCAGCACAGAGCUCUGCACCAGCACCUAAUGCUCUGACUGAGGAAUUCUAUACAAAUGGAUCUGCAGCUCCUGGGGGCCAUGAGGAGAAGAAAAGAGUGCGGCUUGUGCAGUUUGACCGACAGACUGAAGAGCCUAUGGGUAUCACACUCAAAGUGAACACUCAACAGAAUUGUAUAGUUGCUCGAAUCUUGCAUGGAGGAUUCAUCCACAGACAAGGUUCACUCCAUGUUGGAGAUGAAAUACUUGAAAUAAAUGGAAAGAGUGUCCGAAAUCAGAGCGUGGAUCAUCUGCAGAGUCUACUGAAAGAAAGCAAAGGUACAGUCAACCUGAAGGUGUCACCGACACAGAACAAUCGCAAACCGCCACUGCAGAUGUACGUGAGGGCUUUAUUUGAUUACGAUCCUCAGUCUGACCCUUUAAUUCCUUGCCGUGAGGCUGGGCUACGCUUCCGCACUGGAGACAUCCUUCAGAUCAUCAAUAAAGAUGAUGCCAAUUGGUGGCAAGGACGGGCUCAGGGUGCAGAGUCUGCUGGGCUUAUUCCCUCUCCAGAACUGCAGGAAUGGCGUGUGGCCAGUACUAGUACCAGCAACAGAAACCCUCAGAGCUGCAGUCCCUUCAGCAAGAAGAAGAAAUGUAAAGACAAAUAUUUAGCAAAGCACAGCUCCAUAUUUGACCAGCUAGAUGUAGUAUCCUAUGAAGAGGUGGUUUCUCUUCCAGCAUUUACAAGGAAAACUUUGGUUCUUAUUGGUGUCAGUGGUGUUGGACGCAGCCACAUUAAAAACACUUUGCUGACCAAAUAUCCAGAAAGAUUCAGCUACCCAUCACCACAUACUUCACGCCCUCCCAAGCGUGGGGAGGAAGAUGGAGCCUCCUAUCACUUUGUGUCCGCUGAAGAGAUGAGCCGAACUAUCUCAGAAAAUCACUUUCUGGAGUUUGGUAGCUUCAAUGGAUACAUGUUUGGCACAAAGAUACAGACUGUAAAGGAUAUUCAUAAAGAUGGGAAAGUGGCUGUUUUGGAUAUAGAGCCGCAGACUCUGAAGAUGGUGCGCACAGCUGAAUUGGCUCCAUUCAUUGUGUUUAUUUCACCCACUGACAAGGAGGAGUCAGAAGCUCUGCAGAAGUUACGCGCUGAUUCAGAGAUGCUCCGAUCUCGAUAUGCACAACACUUUGACCUGACAUUGGUAAAUAAUGGAGUGGAGCAGACUGUACAAGAUCUGCUGGCUGCUUUGGAUGCCGCAUGUACCGCCCCACAGUGGGUGCCAGUAACCUGGGUCUACUAAGUCAAUGUGCUUGACUGAGAAAACCAGCAUAAUUCUUAUACCGUAAUGAAAAAUAGACCCAAGGGACGAGAUUUUCUUCCCACUCCCCAGAAGAAUCCUCAAUGUUAUUGUGCUUCCUAAAGGUGAACGUUAAAAUAUUGAUCCCCAGAAGAGUUCACAGUAUUCUUCAUUUUUUCAGUGAAAUACUGAGCAUUCUCUGUUGUCAGUCAUUAGCAUUAUACCACCACUGCAGGCAUUCUCAUAUUCUCUGAGGGUGACUUGCCCCUUUAACAGAGGAAAUGUGAAAAUUCUCCAUACCCAAGAAGUCUAAGCACUUCCUACCAAUACUCAACAUUUCUAAACGUUCUCCUACAACAGAUCUGAGCACAUUACAUUUUAUGAUAUGUCACUGAGCAUUAUUUUUCUGUAGCCACAGAUGAUUUGAAAUCUUUUAUUACCAAAGAGAAUACCAAACCAUUCUUCAGAAAUUGCUUUACCUACUUAUUUAGUGGUGAUCAACUAUAUUUAAAAAAAAAUAUAUAAUAUAUUUCAAGGAGAACUGCUACCAAUCUAAAACAUACCAAAGCAUUCUCUACUCUACAAAGGAUAAAACAAUAUCUCAGUUCAAGUUUCAAAUUACAGAUCCCCACAGUCUACCAUCUUAAGAAUUGUGGGGCAUUGUGCAUUGUUCUAUAAUACCUCCUGAAUAGUAGUGCUCCAUUGGCAUUAUGAGCCAUACACAUUUCUCAGUUACUUCCUCUUCUGUUAGAGCUUGGCAAAUCACUCCAUUAACCUCUUCUCCCACCAACCAUUGAGAGCAGAGAUGAGGAAUAAAGAAGAAAAACAAAUGUAUUGAAUGUAUUUGAGGGUAAUGGGUCCUCCCUUAACCCUUUGUGUCAAUGCCAAACCAUAAAUAAAGAAGUUUCAAAGAU